AUCAACAUUCGCCGCACUGUCCGUGCUCGACUUUCUCUCCCACAAAUGCGUGGAUCGUCCCGCAUUGUUGUUUAAGAUAGAACCCCUUCCCACUUCGAUCUAACGGUGGUUAAUUGGCCUAUCGAGCGCCGAGGACACCUUCUUAAGUUCUUAUACUCACCCACAGCCUCCUUCCACCGCGCAUUGCAGGGCGAUUCUUCGCCCUUGAGGUCCAUGAGCCAUGCAGUUAUCCACCAUGGUUCACAGGAGUGAGAGUGACGAUUUCCACCGCCGGCAUUUCGAACAUCCUAAUCUCCAGACUCGGUCACAUAAUACUCAUUCACAACCGGUUUCCUCCUUAAUCUCAAAUUCUUAUUCCAGCGCGGGUGCGAACAGAUCCAUGGGCUAUUCGCAACAAAGAACUCCACAGUCCCCUCCUUCCCCACCGGGAGAGGAGGUUAAUAAACUGUCCUUGCCUUCAAUAUCCAGUCUUCUAACUAUUGCUGAUGGUGAUAAAGCAGUAGAGCAUGGAAAGCAAGCACCAAAACCACCAAGUCCGCGGGGUCAUUUAUCCCACCAAAACCAUGGACGACACUCAUUUCACCAGCCUACACCCUCAGCUUCAUCCAUGGAGAGUGCUGAGAAGUAUGCUUCAGGCUCAUUAUCACUGGGCGCACACAAGAUGACCUUACCUCCAACUCCCCCAUUACGACCCGAUGGAUUUAAUGAUGGUAAUCAUUCGCCGACAUCAGUAUCGGCUCCGUCUUCGAUUUCCUCAUCCGCUCCUAAUUUUUCUCUUGGUUUAAUUAACAACAUGGACCCCACGUCGCAGCGACAGAAUCUGUCGCUGCCGCCACGAAGAAAGCCGGGACCGCGCCCAAUUUGUCCUCCUGGACUCUCCCCUUAUGGGGCCAAUUCCUCCCCCUAUUCAGCAUCGCCAUACGGCAACUCCCCGGGUAACGCAACUGUCUCUUCAUGGGGAUCGGCCAGCAACUACUCACCCGAAAAUGUCAUCUACACCUCGAUUCCAUCAGCGUACGGCCCGAAUCAACAGCGGCCUCUCCCCGCAACCUACCCUCCACCUGUUCCUCCAACUCUCCAGGUGCAACAUCAGCCCUCAAUCAUCCAUUCCACCCUCCCUUCACCGCAAGCUUCGGGCAGCAACCCUUGGCAGCACCAUCACUUCAUCUCUCCGUCGGCAUCGUCCAGCUUCCCCAGCAGUCAGGAUCGAUACGUCUGCCCGACCUGUGCGAAAGCAUUUAGUCGGCCCAGCAGCCUCCGGAUCCACAGCCACAGCCACACUGGCGAGAAGCCGUACAAGUGUCCGCACCUUGGCUGUGGGAAGGCAUUCAGUGUCCGCAGCAACAUGAAGCGGCACGAGAGAGGCUGUCAUGCGAGUGGUGGCGUGAUGGUUAGGUAAGUUGAACCGACACCGGGUAGUCCGGGGUAUGAACUAACUAGUGGCAUCAGGGCGGGGAAUCUUCCAUAUUGAUUGACGAUCUACGACGAUGACUGCGCGACGAUAUUCCU